GAAACAACAAAACUUCGUCUGAGUCUGAGUCGUCUCGCUCUUCAACACGAUGGGAGGAGGAGACGUUUCUAAAGAGAUGGGAACUUGUUCGUUAGCGUAUCGCCGCGGAGACCACAAGCUACGCAAGUUCGUUACGGCGAGGAGCGCUAAGUUCCUCUUACUCGCCUGCAUCGCCUUCGCGUUGAUCACACUCGCUUGCCGAUCUUCUCGUCCUUAUUUCAACUCUUCAAUCGCCGUCGCUGAUCAGAUCUCUAGAUCAAGGAAAGGCUACACACUGUUGAUGAACACAUGGAAGAGAUACGAUCUGUUAAAGAAGUCUGUGUCCCACUAUGCGUCAUGUUCUAGGCUUGACUCUAUUCACAUUGUGUGGAGUGAACCUAACCCUCCUUCAGAGUCUCUUAAGAAGUAUCUUGAGAAGGUUGUGAAGAAGAGAGCUAGAGAUGGGCAUGAAGUUGAGCUUAGAUUUGAUGUGAACAAGGAAGAUAGUUUGAACAAUAGGUUUAAAGAGAUUAAAGAUUUGAAAACAGACGCUGUGUUUUCGAUUGAUGAUGAUAUUAUAUUCCCUUGUCAUACGGUGGAUUUUGCUUUCAAUGUUUGGGAGAGUGCGCAAGAGACUAUGGUUGGGUUCGUGCCUCGUGUGCAUUGGCCUGAACAAUCGAAUGGUAAAGCUGAUUACUACACCUACAGUGGAUGGUGGUCUGUUUGGUGGAGUGGUACAUAUAGCAUGGUACUCUCAAAGGCAGCCUUCUUCCACAAAAAGUACCUAAGCCUUUACACGAACAACAUGCCUGCAUCUAUCAGAGAAUUCACAACCAAGAACAGGAACUGUGAAGAUAUUGCAAUGUCAUUCCUCAUCGCAAAUGCUACAAACACUCCUCCUAUAUGGGUUAAAGGUAAGAUAUAUGAAAUAGGUUCAACAGGAAUCAGUAGCAUAGGAGGGCACACAGAGAAAAGAACACACUGCGUAAACCGGUUUGUAGCAGAGUUCGGAAGAAUGCCACUUGUAUACACUUCCAUGAAAGCCGUUGAUAGUCGCAGCUUAUGGUUCUGGUGAUCAUUGCCUGCUUUCACAUGCUGGUUCAUUUCCUCUUUCUCUUCCACUUUUUUCUACUACUGAUCUUCACGUUGUAGCCGUGUAUGAUUAUGUACCCUAUUGUAACUUUUGUAACAUUACUGUGAG